UCUAUGUACUAGCUGCUGUAUAGUGUUUGGUAGUGUUUCUGUGUAGCGUGUGUACAGUUGGAGUGUAAAUGUUGGUAAAUGUACAAUAAUUCGGUUUUGCGCGAGUCAGUCGCGAUUUUCAUAAACGUCCAUCACGUCUGCCCUGUUGGGUUAAUUAUUUAAAAAUGUAAAUAUUCAUUCUACUUAUACGUUCAAGUGAUCACAGUGCUAGUAUAUUAUUAAACAUUAAUUAUUAAAAUAAUUACACGUUAAUUAUCAUUUUUUUUAAUAAUACUACGUUUGAUAAAAUGUCUGAGUUACGACAGAGAACGGUUGGAGAAUCAUCAACGGGCGUUGUACGAGAUCCCAGUGAAGAUCAGAAAGAAGAUAUUGAGUCGGAAGAUGACGCAAAACUGGAAGUUGAUGAAUUGGCGAAAACCCUACCACAGGGUACUGAUCAUACCCCAGGUAUCCUCGAAUCUGUUGUUUCUGGCUUACCCGAACGCUGGAAAAAUUGGGUAAUCAGGGGUAUUUUCACAUGGGUAAUGAUUGCUGGUUUCUGUCUUAUUAUUUAUGGUGGACCAUUAGCUCUGAUGGUCACAACUUUAGUUGUCCAAGUAAAGUGUUUUGCUGAAAUAAUAAAUAUUGGUUACGCUGUAUACAGAAUUCAUGGUUUACCUUGGUUUAGAUCAUUAUCAUGGUAUUUUUUGAUUACAUCAAAUUACUUUUUUUAUGGUGAAAAUUUGAUGGAUUACUUUGCAGUUGUGAUAAAUAGAACAGAUUAUUUAAGAGUUUUAGUAACUUAUCAUCGUUUUAUAUCAUUUUGUUUAUACAUCGUUGGUUUUGUUUGGUUCGUUUUAUCACUUGUCAAAAAAUAUUACAUGAAACAAUUUUCAUUAUUUGCUUGGACACACGUUGCUCUUCUUAUCGUUGUCACGCAAAGUUAUUUAAUUAUUCAAAAUAUAUUUGAAGGCUUAAUUUGGUUUAUCGUUCCAGUAAGUAUGAUUGUAAUAAAUGAUGUGAUGGCAUAUGUAUUUGGAUUCUUUUUUGGUCGUACUCCCCUAAUAAAAUUAUCACCUAAAAAAACAUGGGAGGGUUUCAUAGGCGGUGGUAUUUCAACAGUAAUACUGGGAUUAAUGAUGUCAUACGUAAUGUGCCAAUAUCGAUACUUUGUGUGUCCUAUUGAAUAUAGUGAAUCUUUAGGACGAAUGACAAUGGACUGUGAAGUUUCAUCUCUCUUUAGACCACAAGAAUACGUACUUCCGCAGAGCUUACAACCUUUUACUAGAAUGGUUAAUCUCAAGCCUAGUGUAACUCUGUACCCCUUUAUGCUACAUUCUCUCUCAAUGUCAGUAUUUAGUUCAGUUAUAGGACCAUUUGGAGGUUUCUUUGCUAGUGGAUUUAAACGUGCAUUCAAAAUUAAGGACUUUGGUGAUGUGAUUCCCGGUCAUGGUGGUAUUAUGGAUCGUUUUGACUGUCAGUACCUGAUGGCAACUUUUGUCAAUGUCUAUAUUUCUUCAUUCAUUCACACUGCCUCGCCACAAAAACUAUUGCAACUUGUUUACAAUUUGAAACCAGAACAACAGUUGCAAUUAUUUACGGCGUUACGAGAUUCUCUAGAGCAUAGAGGACUUCUUAAUGCUUCUUAAGGUUAUUUUUUUGUUUCUUUUUUAUUUUAUAUUGAUAUUAUUAUUUUUUAUUACCACAAUUUCAGUAAAAACGAUAAAACUUUGAGAAGCAUUUAUGUGCAAUCAUUCCAAUACUUAAUUACUAAGUUUCAUCAAUUUUUAUAUUUUUAAAAAUAUAAUAUUAUCAUUAUUUUUUUAAAGAUAUAAUAAUCCAAUCAGGUACAAAUGUAGGUCAUUGCAAUAUUAGAUGAUGAUCGAUGGUGCGAUGAAAAAAUAUUUUUAAACUAAAACUUUACUUUUAUUUACAUGUUUUUUUAGCAUUAAAAUAAAAAAAAAAAAAAAAAAAA